CCAGUUUCCUCCUAUACGCAUUCAAUGUCACAAUCAUACAGCGAUGAGCAGCGCAUGCUGGCACAGUGGUGCAUGGCGGCACAGUUCUUUAGUGAAGAAAAGCUGCGGGCCGCAAUGCAGCGCAUAUUUAACACCGACGACAUUGACUUGCAGCACAUUGUUGAUCGUACCAACAACUCGCUAUCAAUAUUCUCGCUCGAGCUGCGCAGCCGCAUGGAUCAGCUUACUGGUACCCGCGACUGGGCACUUGUCAACACCAAUGCCGACGAGAUCUCAAAACAGGCGACCCCGUACAGCCCGGUUGAGCUGUCGAUACUAAAGGCACUAAUAGAGCAAAUUUGCACCGAACCCUCGGGAAACUUUUGCAUCACGUACCACGAGGCUGUGCGCGAGGCUGCACGUCUAGGUCCUUCAGGGUUCUCGCUAACCGAUGCUGGCUUGCUCUUGGACAAACUGUGUGGCGACGGCUGGCUCAACCGCGCUAACGGCGGGUUCGUGGUCAUGGGUGCACGGGCGACCAUCGAAUUACAGUCGUUUUUGAACGACUCAUACCAGGACUUGCUGCACGAGUGCUCGCUGUGUAAGGAAAUAGCGACAUGCGGGAUUGUAUGCGAUGGGUGUGGAGCUGCUCUACAUCCGUGCUGCGUAGACAGGGUUGUCGAGGCAGGUGGGUCGCGCGGACUGGCAUGCCCGCAGUGUCAUAAGGCAAUCAGAGAACCGAGUAGGUUUGGACCUGGAGAGGACGGUGUGCCGAUUGAGCACCAGGAGAGCAUCGCAGAGGACGGUUCGGAGGAUGAGCAGACAGCAUUGAAACGCAUGAAGGCAGAGCCAGUAGCUACCCAGGAUAGCGACGACGAUAACCACUAGCUGAAUGUCAUUUUGAAAAUAAUAUAUUGUAGUGCAACACUAUAGAAAAGUUAUGGUGUGACGCACGCAAGUUUGUAGUGUAUGGGCACGUGAGACUAGCCACGAGGGAACAAAGCACACCCCCCCAGGACGCACAGAUAAAAGGCCGCAUGCGACAGAGAUACAGAUUGUUUCUACAGGUUUAUUCUUUUACUCAAAACACA